AGCGUCGUCGUCCCGACCUACAACGAGACGCUGAACCUGCGCCCGCUCACGGAGCGGCUCUUCAAGGCGACGCGCGCCGCGGCCCUCGACGUGGACCUCCUCUUCGCCGACGACGAGAGCGUGGGCUCGGUCGAGUCGGCGGCGAUCGUCGCCGCGCUGCGGGGCGAGGGCUACGCCGUGCGCCUCGAGACGCGCCCGCGGUCCGCGGGCCGCGGCCUGUCGAGCGCCGUGCUCCUCGGCUUCUCCCGGGCGGCGCACGACGUCUGCGUCUGCAUGGACGCGGACCUCCAGCACGAGCCCGAGGCCGUGCCCGCCGUCUGCGCGCCCGUGCUCGACGGGGCGGCGGACUUCGCCAUCGGCAGCCGGAACACGGGCGACGGCGGCAUCGGCUUCGAGUGGUCGCUGCUGCGGCGGCUCAUCUCCAAGGGCGCGACGCUGCUGGCGUACCCGCUGACGGCGUCGACGGACCCCAUGAGCGGCUUCUUCUGCGUGCGCAAGCAGACCCUCGCCCGGGGCGACCCGAACCCCAUCGGCUUCAAGAUCGCCCUCGAGAUCAUGGUCCGCUGCGGCUGCUCCCAGGUCGUCGACGUGCCCAUCACGUUCCGCGAGCGCACGGCCGGCGAGUCCAAGCUCUCGCCGAAGCAGAACGUCGAGUACCUCCAGCAGUUGGCGAGUUUGUACCUCUUCGCCUACCGGAAGACGUUGCUGGCGCUCGCGGUC